AUGAGUACCAACCACAGUAACAGCAACAGCAAACACGGGAAGGGUCAUAAGAGUAUCCUUCUGACCACUCCGGAGGGCAAAGAGGCCCCCCUACACCAUUCGGAGUCCAAUCCACUCCCCACUGAGGACAAAUUGUUGCCUCCUCAGAAAUUGGAAGAUGCAGACAACAUGUUGACACCCUCCAAGAGUACUGAUUUGAGUCCCAGAACUAGUGCACCUUCCACUGGUGUGCAAUUUGAUGCGGAACAAAUUGAGAGAGGUAGAUCCAGGAUUAAGAAGAGUAAUGCGAUAUCGGCGGGGGCUGCGACUAUGGGUACCAGUCAGACCGGUGGUAAUAUUGGCUCGCUGAGUGGGUCCAAGAGCAGAUCGAGAUCCAGAAGCAGAGCAUCUAGUAGAAUUAGAGAGGAAGAGUUUUUAAAAUGGACCGUAUUGAGACAGGAUCCCUCUAUGAGGUUACAAAAUGUCAAUGAGAAUAUCGACAGGUAUAAUAGGAGGAAGAAGAGAAGAGAGGAGAGAAGACUAUUGAAAAAAACCAAGAAAGAAGGUGAAUUAGAAGAUUCCGACGAAGAUGACGAGGAUGAUGAAGAAGAAGAGGAAGAGGAUUCCGACGAGGAGGAGGAAGAAGAGUCCGACGAAGAACAAGUGAGUGACAUUGAAAACGAUGUAGAGAUUGAUGAAGCCUUCAAUUACGACUUGGGGAUGAAAGUUCUACCCAAUUUUUGCUCCAGUAUCAAUGAUAUCCUGGAUACGGCCAAACCAUGGAUUGCCAAAUACGAGGAGUCCAUCAAGGGCAAGGAGAAUGACAAUGUAGAGAUUGGUAGGCUGGACGGUGGAUAUCUGAGGGCGAUGCAACUGCUUACCAAGGGUAAAGGUGCGUACUUGAAUACAGAAUCCACAGCAACACCUACGCCUGCUGGUCGAUGCUACAUACUAUACACAGACCUGUCGAGCGAGUCCACGUAUGCCCUCACGUACACUAUGGGGGCCGUAAUAAACAACGGGGACACAUUAUAUGUGGUGCAUUCGGAGAACUCUAACAUAUUCGACGAACCGCUCAUGUUGAAGAACGUGGGCAGGAUCAGAAAGCAUGUCAUGCACAUGUUCGACUGUAUCAGUGCAGUGGUGGACGACGUGGACGUGGUGGCCCUGUCCUUGACACACCCAUACCCAAAGCACCUGCUGAACGAGAUGAUCCAUGGUCUGAAACCAGUGGCCCUCUGUGUCCCAUUGUCCAUCAUGCUUUCCAGUCUGCAGAACUUUGUGUGUUCUGUGCCCACCCUGGUGAUCCGCAAGAAGCUGAAGAGGGCCAAGAGGAAGGGGAUCACCGACUGA